AUGGAUGUCAACUUGAAACUCGGUUUUCUGGUGAUAUGGGCCAGCGUGAUGCUGCCUUUGGCCGUCUCGUCUACCAAGGAACUUCUCGACUGUCGUGCGAAUUUGACCGCGGCCAUCCGAAACGACACCACUUUCAUGAGUAAGGUUCGUCAGGCGGAUUACAUCUUCACGGGGAAGAUCAAGGAUAUGAGGAACGGGCAGUUGCACGUGCGCGUUAAGAGAGCGAUCAAGGGUGUGCUGAACGCCACCCUGGAUCUCUCGUUGAACGACACGUGCGGCCACUACGUGCGUCGCAGUUACACGGGCAUCUUCAUGGCGCGGCGCGAUCCCGUGGUGAUCGACGAACACCACGGACACGUGGACAGGAUCGUGAUGCACUUCGGUCCGGUGCCUCUCACUCUCGCGAAUUUGGACAGACUCAACGCCGCUGUCAGAGGUGAGUGUUCUUCAACCGCUUCGCGCUUUCGAAAGCCGAGCCGUUGCAAUUUCAAUCGCGCUAAUGGCAGACCACCGAUCGAAAAUACCUCGCUAGGCAGCAAGAUAUACUGGAUAUAUCAUUUAUCCUGUAACUCAAGCGGGACUUGGCUGGAAGAACCAGUUUUUGUUUUCUCGAGAAAAUUAAAAUUCCUCUCGCCGGAGUAUAAAAAAGCGGCGGUUUUCAUCUCGUACAAUCAAGAUGUGACGUUUCCACGGCCUUUCUCUUUGUCGUCUGAAAGCUGCGCGGACGACGAAAAGGCGAAUCCAGGCUUGAGAGGAGGGUCCAUUCCGCUUCGCCAAGAUUCUCUAUAUACCUACAAUAGGCAGUGGCUGGCCUAUAUGCAGACGGGGUACACAUGCGGUGCUGCGAGUUUACGCAGAGUGUUGGCAGCGCCGGCGAGAAAUGGAACGCGCGGUAUCUUGAUUCCCCCCGGUGGAUUGAUGGAUCGACAGUCGGCAACGAAGUUAUCGACGAAUCUGACAUUCACGGUGGCCGGCGAUAUCGCCGAAAACCAUCGACAAGAGGACCCACCUCCCUUUCAUGAAGAGAUCAGACGAAAACCAGUCGAUCGGACCGAA